AUGGCGAAGGAGAAGAAUCUAUCAAUUAGCGCCGAUGUUCUUCCACAAUUUCUUCGAUGCUUGAUUUUUAUGAUCACACUUGGCGUUGUUGUCUUCAUUCUCCCGGUUGAUCGGCCUGAGUGGUGCUGUAGUAUCCUGAAACAGAUGGCUUCCAACAUGAAGUAUUUGUUUGAUGCGUUUUUGUCAACUGGAAUUCAUAUUUUUGUUCUAAACUGGCUACAGGAUCUCUACCCUGGUUCCUUCUCAGGGUUUAUCUUUACUGCUGGAAAAGCCUACGCUGCUUUUGCGAUUGCUGCCUGGGCCAAAAAGAUCAUCAAUUCUCAAGGCGUUUUAGAAGCAUUUCACGAGAAACAGCUCGAUGAAAAACCAAUCAAAGAAAAGUCAAGAAAGUCGAAGACAAAGUUAAUUUACAACAAUAACUUCGAAUGA